AAAAAAAAGGUGGUUCCCUGACUGCACCGGGUUGACACAUAACAGAGAGCCGCACAGGUAGCUAGCAGCAGUGCCGGAGGCUCCCGCUAGUCUACCUAGCAACACUUCCCAUUACACAGCCUUGGUGUGUGGAGCCUCAGUGAAUCCAGCCCACAUCCUCAUAUCCUGCUCAGGUCACCUUUAGCACUCGCCUACCGGCAUUUUCUCCCGUCUCCGAAGAUGAUACCUGGCAAACGAAGAGCUGCAGUCAUGUCCUUCUCACUGGCGAUUAUCGGAGCCCUGAUGCUGCAGACCGUGUCUUCUCAGAACGAGCCAUCGAUCGCCGCUUCUGAACACACCUCACUUCCCGUGGAAGGCGACGCUUACAUGCUGCAGUGUAACCUGACCAGCGCUCACAGCGUCCACCAGGAGAGCUACUGGAUGAAAAACGGGGAGGAGAUCGCAGAAACACGCAGCCCCAAUAGGAACACUGAAUAUUUUCUGAAGAAACCGAGAGGAGACGCCGCAGGAGUGUACAUGUGUGUCUACACCUUCGAGACGGCUCCUCCAGCAAACGCCACCAUAGAAGUAAAAGCUGCACCUGACAUUAUAGGCCACAAGCGUAGUGAGAAUAAGAACGAGGGCCAGGUCGCUGUGCUCUACUGUAAGUCUACUGGAUAUCCUUAUCCUGUCUGGAACUGGCGCAAGUUCGACAAUGGCUUUCCUAGGGAAAUCGACAACUCAAGUGGGCGCUUCACCAUCAACAGCAGGGACAACUACACCGAGCUCCACAUCGCCAACCUGGACAUUAACUUGGAUCCAGGCGAGUACCACUGCAACGCCACCAACAUGCUCGGCAGCCGCGAUGAGAAAAUCGUGCUGAGGGUCCGCAGCCACCUGGCCCCCUUAUGGCCUCUUCUGGGGGUUUUGGCCGAGAUCAUCAUCCUGAUCGUCAUCAUCGUCGUUUAUGAGAAGCGUAAGAAGCCCGAUGAUUUACAAGAUGAUGAUGACCAUGUAGGUCCAGUGAAAACUAAUUCAACCAACAACCACAAAGACAAGAAUCUCCGCCAGAGGAAUACAAACUGAGCAGCCUGUCUGCUGAGUUUCAUUUCACAAAUGUAUUGACCAUAUGAAGGUAAACAAGAAGGGUAUUCAUACCAGUUGUUAAUGAGAUGUAUCUGCCAUUACAAGUGUGGAGAGUUCAAUGAGGCAUGCCUUAUGAUUUUAUUGUGUGAGGAUGCAAAAAUUGAAUUGUUAACCAUUAUAUGACCAUUUUUCUGCAUGCAGUUGUUGACAUUUAUGAUUUGUUUCCCCCUCCUAUCCACUAGUUUUACAUUUUUACUACUUCUAAAAUAAUGCAUGCAAGAUUGACCUUCUGUUUGAUACAGAAAUGGCUUUUUUUUUUUGCUCUUUUCUCUGAGAGUGGCUUCAUUUAGAUGAUCUGUACUGUGUGUUGUAGAGGAAAACAAAACUUGGCAAUGUAAAAGAAAAUGCCACCAUAAUCUGGUAUGACAGUUGUGUACAGUUUUAUCAUUCCACUGCAUACCGUUUUACCUGAAGAUAUCUAUUGCAUUUUAAGGGCUUCGCAAUGUCCCUCUAAAUUUUGUUGAGAGUUACUUUACUGUAUGUACUGUAUGUAUUAAAUCAAUAUAACUAUGUAUCAAAAUACCAUUAAUAUAUAAAGACUAUUCAUAUGAUAUGAUGCACUUAAAUGUUGAGGAUAAUGAAAAACUGUAUAAACAAACUUUAGGAAAUCUGUACUAAUCAUCCUAACAUUGUUUUAUAAGUAUGUGUAUUGUACAGCAUGGCUAUUAUCCUAUGCAAUUAUUAUCCAUAUCAAUAUAUAUAUAUAUAUAUAUAUAUUGAAAAAUCAUUGCAGCUUUUGAUUUCUCUGUGACAAAGCUUUAAACUAGUAGGAUCACCAUAGAGCGCUGAAGGCAAACCGCACAGCUGCAUGAGUACUUUGCAGCUGACGUAGGGGGAAGUGAAGAAAGAAACCUGCGUCAGCACCGACACAUGUGAAGAAAUCCUAAGGUCCCCAACUCAUUUUUAAGAAUAAAUAUCUCCAAAAACCAA